CCCGCACGCCCCGCACGCGCCCGCCAGCGAGCCGUGCGCCCCGCUAAGUACCUGGGCUCGUGCGCAGUGCCGGCUGCGGACGGGCAGUGCGAAGCGGGCAGGCUGUGUGUUGCGGCCGGGCAGUGCGAGGCGGGCGGGGAGUGCCCGAUGGCGCAAGGCCACGUCGUGUCUAAGCUAUUGCACACUAUGAAGAGGGCGCGGGCUGCGGAGACCUGCGCACCGGCCGUGCUGCUAGAGGUGGCGCGCGGCGGCGUCACCGUGCGCGACGCUCACGACCAGAGAGUGCGCAUGCGGCACGCGCUACGGCGCAUCUCGCACGCGACGUGUGCCCCGGCGAGCGCGCUGUUCGCGCUGGUGGCGCGCGAGCCGCGCGGCGACCCCGCCCGCCGCUACUGCCACGCCUUCGAAACUGACACGCCACAACAGGCGGAGGAGUUGAACGCGCUGGUGGGAGAUGCGUUCCGAAUGGCGUUCGCGUCGCAGUUGCAGCCCUCCGCGCCGCUCUGGAGUAAGGAGCUAAGCGGCGGCGGGGCGUGUGCGCGCGCGCCCGACUCGCUGCCGGGCCUCGCGCGCCUCUGCCCUGGGCCCGGCCCCGGCCCCCGCCCCGUGCCCCGCUCCGCCCACCACUGCCUGGACAGGACGUUGGUGCAAUGCGAGGCGAUGGGCGGAACGAGCGAGCCACCGGAGGCGAGCCCGAGCAGCUCGGAGGAGUCCUCGCCCACGGAGCUCAGCUGCUACCGGCGGCUCGGCGAGCGGCUCGGCGAACGGCUCGGAGAGCGGCCACCGCUGAUGCGCCGGCUGGCGCGCGGCCUCACGCUGCUGCAGCCCUCCGACGACGACUCCACGCCGCUCGUCGCCGACACGCCCACCACGCCCACCAACGUGCCGCUGUGUCUGAGCGGCGGCGGGUACAUCAACGAGGCGUCGGAGGCGGAGGCGCGCGCGCGGUGCGCCCCGCCCCCGCCCCCGCCCCCGCCGCGCUCCCCCGGCUCGCCCCGCUCCCCCGCGCACAGGCACGCAGACUUCGACUUCAAGUCUAAUAUGAUUAAUAGCCCGGCGGACGGCAGCGGCGGCGCGUCCUCGUCGUCGGGCGCGUCCUCGUGCGGCGCUUCCCCCGCCUGCCCCGCCGCGCCCGGCCCGCCGCGCCCCGAGCCCGAGCUGCGCCACGCGCCCUGGUUCCAGCAAGGCAUCCCGCGAGAGAUCGCGCUGGAGGUGCUGGGCGCGCAGGGGGUGGGCGCGUUCCUGGUGCGCGCGUCCACCACGCAGCGAGGCUGCCUGGCGCUGUCGCUGCGCGUGCCGCGGGACUUCGCGCACCACGGCAUCGCGCACUACCUCAUCCUGCGCACGCCCAAGGGAUACAAGAUAAAGGGCUUUACGAAGGAGUUCGCGUCGCUGUCUGCGCUGGUGACGCACCACAGCGUGAUGCCGGAGCUGCUGCCCGUGCCGCUGCGACUGCCGCGCGCGCCCCGCGCCCCGCGCGCCGACCUCGAGCCCCUCGACCGCCUCGCGCCCGCGCCCCGCGCGCCCCACGCGCCCCACGCCGCGCACCCCGCGCACCCCUCGCACCCCGCGCAGCCGCACCGCGCGCCGCUGGACGUGUGAGAUGCCGUCUCAAUCGAAACGCUAGUUGUUUAUUGUGAAGAAGUUGGACAUUGUCAAUAUUGUAAUAUUGCGUUAUGUGGCGUGUUGUUAGCUCACGCUAGGAACGUGUUGCUGCGGCACGGCAUGGAGUUAGAUUUUAAGCGCUUUAAGUGUAAGUAAAAAGGCCAUGUCCUGAGCCGUGUUGCAGCCAGUGCCCGCAAGCUGCGCCCGGCGCCCCGCGCCCCGCGCCCUGCAGGCAGCCGGCUACAGCUAAAUAUUUGUAAAAAGAAAAUACUGUAACAAAAAUUUAUUGAUUUUUUAUGAGUUUGGCAAAGCCAUGUUUCCGAGUCUAUAGUAAAAGGAACAAUUGUAUAAAGAUGUAGCCGCAGCUAAGUCACCAAGAGAAGUACAUAAAAACAGAAUUGUGACAUUUCUAACUUAUGUCUAAGAAAAAUAUAAAGCUUGAAAGAAUGAACUAGAAAUAGACGUAGUAAAUGUUUAAUGUUACAGCUAGUAGCUACAUUAUAUCAAUAGAAAUAUGUGAGAUACGUUCGUGUAGUCAUUUUUAUGAAGUCACUAAAUUAUCGUGUUAUUAUAACUGGUAACUGUGCGAUGACGUCGGCGGAUACAUUUCUUAGACCUGUUUGCUGACUCCUGCUUCUUAUCUCUUGCACCUCGACUCCUAAUUUUUUUUCUGUAUUGUGUUCGUUGUUUAUAUAAUCUUAAAACAAAGAAAUGUAUCCCUCCGGCGAUCGUCACGUAAUCAAAAUCAUGUGAUAAAUGUCCGUAUAGGAUGUGUAACAAAUGUGUACAAUAAGGUACGUGUAUUAUAUGUAUUGUAACAUUAGAUGUUUGUGUCAUAUUAUUACUUAGUUUAAUUUCUUAGCUGA